AUGCUCUCUGGUAUUCUCAUUUUCAACCAAAAAGGCGAGAAUCUCAUCUUCCGCGCCUUCCGCAAUGACUGCCGUCCGCGCCUCGCCGAUAUCUUCCGCAUUCAGGUCAUCUCCAACCCCCAAGUCCGCUCGCCCAUUUUGACGCUGGGAUCGACGACGUUCAGCCAUGUGAAGCACGAGAAUAUUUAUCUGGUGGCGGUGACCAAGAGCAAUGCCAACGCGGCGCUGGUGUUCGAAUUUUUGUAUCGGCUGAUCAUGCUGGGAAAGAGUUACUUUGGGAAAUUUGACGAGGAAGCGGUUAAGAACAAUUUUGUGCUAGUGUAUGAGUUGCUGGAUGAAAUUCUUGAUUUCGGAUACCCCCAGAACACGGAGACGGACACUCUGAAGAUGUACAUUACGACCGAGGGAGUCAAAUCCGCCAUUGCCAACUCGCCGACCGACUCCAGCCGGAUCACCAUGCAGGCUACGGGCGCGCUCUCGUGGCGUCGCUCCGACAUUAAAUACCGCAAGAACGAAGCUUUCGUGGACGUGAUUGAAGACGUCAACCUCCUCAUGUCGGCCACCGGUACCGUGCUACGCGCCGAUGUUAACGGCCAGAUUGUGAUGCGGGCAUACCUCUCCGGCACCCCAGAGUGCAAGUUCGGCCUCAACGACCGCCUUCUCCUCGACGGCGACGGGGCCAGUACGUCGCCUGCGGGCAACCGCGACGGCGCUAUGAAGGCGACGCGCGCCGCGGCGGGAUCAGUGACUUUGGAGGACUGUCAGUUCCACCAGUGUGUGAAGUUGGGUCGCUUCGACGCGGAUCGGAUCAUCUCCUUCGUGCCGCCGGACGGCGAGUUCGAGCUCAUGCGAUACCGCGCCACGGAGAACGUCAACCUCCCGUUCAAAGUGCACCCGAUCGUGCGCGAGGUCGGUACGACGAAGGUGGAAUACAGCGUGGCGAUCAAGGCAAACUACAGUCCCAAGCUCUUCGCGACCAACGUGGUCAUCCGUAUCCCCACGCCGCUCAACACCGCCAAGACCACGGAGCGCACCAGCCAGGGCCGCGCCAAAUACGAGCCCGAGCAUAACAACAUCGUCUGGAAGAUCGCGCGGUUCUCCGGAGGCAGCGAGUACGUGCUCACGGCGGAGGCGACGCUGACCAGCAUGACACAUCAGAAGGCGUGGAGCCGGCCGCCGCUCAGCCUGUCGUUCAGCCUGCUCAUGUUCACGAGUAGCGGGUUGCUGGUGCGGUACCUCAAGGUGUUCGAGAAGAACAACUAUAGCAGCGUCAAGUGGGUGCGAUACAUGACUCGCGCGGGAAGUUAUGAAAUUCGAUUCUAG